GUUAUUCCAAAGGGAGUAUUUGGGUAAUUAGUUGGUUUGGAGAGGGUGGAUAGAGAAUGGAACUUGACAGACUUUGAUUCUCUUUGGACAGGUGGCCAUGGCCUCACUGCCGACUCAGGACCCCCUGGUCCCUGACUUAUUUUCUGGACUUCCGCCGGCCAACCAGAGUGCAGAGGCCUCGGUGGGCAAUGGGUCGGUGGCUGGCCCAGGCGCUCAGGCUGUCACGCCGUUCCAGAGUCUGCAGCUGGUACAUCAGCUGAAGGGGCUGAUCGUGCUGCUCUACAGCAUCGUGGUGGUCGUGGGGCUGGUGGGCAACUGCCUGCUGGUGCUGGUGAUCGCACGGGUGCGUCGGCUGCACAACGUAACCAACUUCCUCAUCGGCAACUUGGCCUUGUCCGACGUACUCAUGUGCACUGCUUGCGUGCCGCUCACGCUGGCCUACGCCUUCGAGCCACGCGGCUGGGUGUUCGGCGGUGGCCUGUGCCACCUGGUCUUCUUCCUGCAGCCGGUUACCGUCUAUGUGUCGGUGUUCACGCUCACCACCAUUGCGGUGGACCGCUACGUCGUGCUGGUGCACCCGCUGCGCCGGCGCAUCUCGCUGCGCCUCAGCGCCUACGCCGUGCUGGCCAUCUGGGCGCUGUCCGCGGUGCUGGCGCUGCCCGCCGCCUUGCACACCUACCAUGUGGAGCUCAAGCCGGACCGCGUGCGCCUCUGCGAGGAGUUCUGGGGGGCCCAGGAGCGCCAGCGCCAGCUCUAUGCUUGGGGGCUGCUGUUCGUCACCUACCUGCUUCCCUUGCUGGUCAUCCUCCUGUCUUAUGUCCGAGUAUCAGUGAAGCUCCGAAACCGCGUGGUGCCCGGCUGCGUGACCCAGAGCCAGGCCGACUGGGACCGCGCGCGGCGCCGCCGCACCUUCUGCCUCCUGGUGGUGGUUGUAGUGGUGUUCGCCAUCUGCUGGCUGCCGCUGCACGUCUUCAACCUGCUGAGGGACCUCGACCCACGCGCCAUUGACCCCUACGCCUUCGGGUUAGUGCAGCUGCUCUGCCACUGGCUGGCCAUGAGCUCGGUCUGCUACAAUCCCUUCAUCUACGCUUGGCUGCACGACAGCUUCCGCGAGGAGCUGCGCAAGCUGUUGCUUGCCUGGCCCCGCAAAAUCACGCCACAUGGCCAGAGCACGACAGUCAGCGUGGUCAUCUGAUGCCACUGCAUCAUGCCUGCACUGGAGAUUUCCAUGUCUACUGGUCUCCAAGAGUGCCCACGGAGGCUGGACUGGAGAGCUUGUUCCCAGCACCAGAUCUACACCAAUACGGGAAAAACUUCCAGUCCAGCCCUCUUGUCCCACGGCCUUGCCUCGUCUUGUCCUUGAGUCUUUGUAAAAUGUUAAGUGGGCUUUGGUGCAUGUGCU